CGCCAAAUCCACCUAUAAAACCCCUUAUACGCACCCUGCCGCUUCACCACCACGGAGCUAUACUACAGAGUUGUAAGAGAAGCAUUGUUCAGCACAACGCCGGUCCACAAAAAUGGAGCAGAGCUUUAUCAUGAUCAAGCCUGACGGAGUCCAGAGAGGACUGGUUGGAGAGAUUAUCAGUAGGUUUGAGAAGAAGGGCUUUGCUCUUAAAGGUUUGAAGCUUAUGUCUGUGGAUCGUGCGUUUGCUGAGAACCAUUACUCAGAUCUUGCUGGAAAGCCCUUCUUCAAUGGUUUGAUCGAGUACAUCAUUUCCGGCCCAGUCGUUGCCAUGAUCUGGGAGGGGAAGAAUGUUGUUGCAACCGGUAGGAAGAUCAUUGGAGCCACCAAGCCAGCAGAUUCUGAUGUAGGAACCAUCCGUGGUGACUUUGCAAUUGAUGUUGGCAGGAACAUCAUUCAUGGAAGCGAUUCCGUCGAAAGUGCGAGGAAGGAAAUUGCUCUGUGGUUCUCGGAGGGCCCUGUUAACUGGCAGAGCAGCCUUCAUUCUUGGAUCUACGAGUGAGAAAACUAAUCCUGUCAAUCAUCCCAUUCCAUCUUGCCCUUUGGCUUAUAUCUUAAGUUGAAAUAAUUAUCUGUUUACUCAAUGGCUGAGCUAUAAGCAUCAUGUGUUUUUUUUAGUUCUUGUUUGCUACGGUUAAUGUUUGAUGGGAUGAUUCAGAGUUAGGCCUGCCUGAUGUUACUUCAUGAACUUUGUUAUGGAAUUGAAGUUUGGGUUUUAUUUAUUUCUUA